AGGAGGGAAGGAAAAGAGGCUGUGGGGUGAUUGGCGAAUAAGACAAACGGUCUGUCUCAGCUUGUCAGAUUGCUUGGCUCUAGCAGACCUCAGCAUGUCCGAAAGCGCUUUCAAGGUUCUUGUUGAUGCAGUUCAGCGACUGGGACCCGCAGAAGAUGUCGACAGAGCUGCACGAGCAGCGGGAUAGCAGCCUUGCAAGCAUUGGGCAGAGGAUCGAGGAUGUGACGCUUGAGGGCUUGAAGACUGACAACCUCCUCGCCUGCGACGCCUGCGGCGGGACAGAUCUCAAGGAUGAAGGGCAAGGCGAUAUAACAAGACUUAACUCAGCGCGAGACUUUUUUUUGUCGCUCAUGCCAGGGAACAUGCCUGUUGUGAGAAGAGAAAGCAUCAUCUUGACUGUUGAGAGUGCUGACAAGCUGGACAAAAGCGGGAUUUGCUCACCUGGACAUCUCAGCAAUGUCAAUCGUAUUGCCGGAAAACUGCAGCUGGAGCAGGCAAAGUCUUCCG